AUGCAGCUCCAGUCGAUAACCACCCUUCUGGCUCUCCCCGCUGCAGCCUUGUCCUUCGCUUGGCCACCAUCAACAGCCGAGGACUUCCUGCAAGUCCUGCCCGACGAUAACAAGAUCCCACUCUCUCCUCAACUCGCCAUCACCCCGGAAGUCGCCAAAGAGUCUCCCAAGACACAAGUUGUUACACUCACCAGAGUCGGUCCACAAUUUGGCGCAUUUCCUGCGAAGCCUGUUGGCGAAGAAACCGACGACACUCCUCUGCCCGUGGUGAUCUGGCACGGCCUGGGCGAUUCGGCAGACGCAGAGGGACUGAAAGAGAUCGCCACCCUGGUUGAACAGGUCCAUCCCGGGACGUACACAUACCUCAUUUCCGCCACGGGCGCGGCAGGUUCGGAAGACCGACAAGCGUCGUUUUUCGGCAACGUCACCGAAGAGCUCGACUUCGUCUGCCACGCGCUGGCCGGAGACAAGAUCCUGGCGACGGCGCCCGCGAUCGACGCGAUCGGAUUCAGCCAGGGAGGUCAGUUCUUGAGAGGAUACGUCGAGCGCUGCGGCGGCUGGGCCCCCAAGGUGAGGUCACUCCUCACGUUCGGCAGCCAGCACAACGGCAUCGCCGAGUUCCAGAAAUGCGCCAGCUCCGGGGACUGGAUGUGCCACAUCGCCAACUCGCUCCUGAAGAGCGGCACGGUGUGGUCGGACUUCGUGCAGUCCCGGCUCGUGCCGGCGCAGUACUACCGCGACACGAACGACUACGAGAACUAUCUCGAGCACUCCAACUUUCUUGCCGACAUCAACAAUGAGCGCGAGGAGAAGAACGCCACGUACGCGGAGAACCUGGCCGCGCUGGAAAAGUUUGUCAUGAUCCUGUUCAACGGCGACCGGACGGUCAUCCCCAAGGAGACAGGGUGGUUCGCCGAGGUCAAUUUGACGAGCAACGCCGUGACCGAGUUGAGGGACAGACCCAUCUACAAGGAGGACUGGAUCGGGUUGAAGAAGCUGGACGAGAAGGGUGGAUUGGACUUUAUCGGUCUGGAGGGAGACCACAUGCAGUUGGUCGACGACGACCUGGUGGGUCUCUUUGCAAAGUAUUUUGGUCCUGCUGGGAAGAAGUUUGUGCCAUUGUCAUUGCCGUUGCCAGAGUUGGAGCUGUGA